AGCAGAGCAGGUAACGGAACGAAUCCUCGCGAUAUUUCAGUGAGUUUAGAUGAGUUAAUGCCACGUCUGACCAGCAACAUCGACGUAGACAGAAAUAUUGGCACUUUUGCACGCACGAGAAAGAGUUAUUCCCUCACCCAGCAGCUUGGCAUGUCCAACACUACUCGGGGGAACAUGGGCCUCGUGCGUCUACUGGCACUGGCCACGGCCGCCGUGUUGCUGCUGGCCUCCCAUUCAGCCAUCGCUCACAGCCAUGGCGACCAUGGGCACGGCCACCAUCACCACGGCCACCAUCACCAUGGCCACUCCCACGGAGACGAGGAUGACCAUGGACCCCCAGUGAAGAUGUUCCACGGGGCCAGCAAGUGGAGCGCUGAGGCCAACCUUCCCACUCAUGAGGACGAGCAUCACGGACACGAUCACGGGCACGCCCACGACCAUGGACAUGACCACGGGCACGCCCACGACCAUGGACACGACCACGGGCACGCUCAUCAUGAGCACACUGUUGGAGUGAACAAAGAGAGCGGACACUCACACGGGGCAGACACAGCAAACAGGGAAGCAGGUGGAGAGAAGAGGGACCUGGCCGAGCUGUGGACACAGGCUGUCGGAGCCACUUUGCUGAUCAGCGCUGCUCCGUUCCUCAUCCUGUUUCUGAUCCCAGUCCAGUCCAACAGCGACCAGCACCAGAACCUGCUGAAGGUGCUGCUCAGUUUUGCCUCUGGUGGGCUGCUGGGCGAUGCCUUCCUCCACCUCAUACCACACGCCCUCGAGCCCCACUCCCACCAUGAGGAGGGAGAUCACGGACACUCUCAUUCAAACGAAGACUCGACCGACCACGGCCACUCCCACGGAGCGGCCCAUGGUCACAUGAUGUCAGUGGGUCUGUGGGUCCUCGGUGGGAUCAUCGCCUUCCUGGUUGUGGAAAAAUUUGUGCGUCUGCUGAAGGGAGGACACUCCCAUGGCCACUCGCACGAUGUUUCCAGCUGUAACUUCCUGUGUGAAACUUUUUCAGCGGCUUCGAAGGAAAAGGACAGUGAUGGAGAAGAGGAGAAAGAGAAGAAGAAGAAAGACGGGGGUCAAGGCAAAGAUGUGAAGGUUCAGAAGAAAGCAGAGAAAACGAGCACAGACAUAAAGGUGUCGGGCUACCUGAACCUGGCGGCCGACUUCACGCACAACUUCACCGACGGUCUGGCCAUCGGCGCCUCGUUCCUGGUCAGCCCAGCAGUGGGCGCCGUCACCACAGUCACCAUCCUGCUGCACGAGGUCCCGCACGAGAUCGGAGACUUUGCCAUCCUGGUCCAGUCCGGCUGCACCAAGAAGAAGGCCAUGUGUCUGCAGCUGCUGACAGCUGUGGGGGCUCUGGCCGGGACGGCCUGCUCCCUCCUGGCUGAAGGCGUGGGGGCGGCGGCCACCGCCUGGAUCCUGCCCUUCACGGCUGGGGGGUUCGUCUACAUCGCCACGGUGACGGUGCUGCCCGAGCUGCUGGCGGGCCGCUCCAGUUUCGGCCAGUCGCUGCUGGAGAUCCUGGCCCUGCUGCUGGGGGUGGGCAUGAUGGUGCUGAUCGCAGAGUACGAGUGAGGCCCCACGGGCCCCCCAGGACAGAAGAGACGCUUUUAGCUUCACUUCCAGUGGAUUAUUUUUCAGCAGCGGUGUCUGUUUUUUUUUUUUUUUUUUUGCUUUUAACUGAAUUGUGUUUUUUGGGGAAAAGCUCGGCCAGUUGUUUGAAAGCAGAUGAUUUUUGUUGUCUUGCGUUUUUAGAGACCUGCGGGCACGUGUUUGAUUUGUGUUUCCGCUUCCUUCGGGGAGAAGCGUCCUCCAUUUGGAGGCCGAGGAAGCAGAAAAGAGGAAGAGCCAGGCUCCACCAGGGAGGGGGGUUUAUUUAAAGUCACCCACCGCUUACACCAAGAGGCCAUCCUGCGUUUGCGUGGCUGAAAACUGACGAACCGCCGGCCCAGAGGAGGGCCCAGGCCUCCAGAAGAGCAGGCCACUCCUUCUUUUAGUUCAACUGUUUGCUGGUUUAUCGGUCUGGAUGACGCUGAAUGUCAUUAUUUUUACAUUCCACACAGAAGCAGAUGCCGUUGCCUCGACUCGAAAUGGUUAAAGUCGUCUUUGUUAGCGUACAGCUCGACAUUCCCUCCUUCAUUCAUUGUUUUUCCCAGUCAUCAUGUUUUUCUUAA